AUGGGUCAAAUGGCAACUGCUAUAAGUCAUUUAGAGGCUCAAGUUGGAGGGAAGUUGCCUUCUCAAACAGUGGUGAACCCAAAGGAAAAUGUGAAUGUAGUAACACUAAGAAGUGGCAAGAAAAUGGAAGAACCGAAGCUGAACAUUCCAAGUGUAGCAAAGGAAGCAGAAAUUGAAGAUGAAAUUGAGAAAGAAGAGGCUACAACUGAAUCAAAAGUAAUUCAAUUCAACUUCCGUCCUGUGAAAGAUACUGGUGUUAUUAUCCAAUUGGCUGAUUGCACUAAUGCAUACCCUGAAGGGGUAGUUGAAGAUGUUCUUGUGCAGGUCAAUGAGUUGGUGUUUCUGGCUGAUUUUUACAUUCUGAAUAUGGAUGAUUCUUCGUUUCCUGACCCUACACCUAUCUUAGUGGGAAGACCAUUCCUAAAUACAGCUCGAACAAAAAUAGAUGUUCAUGAUGGUACCCUCACGAUGGAAUUUGAUGGUGAAGCAAUUCGUUUUAAUAUUUUUGAUGCCAUGAAAGAUCCAACUGAUGUUCAAUCUAUUUUUGCUAUUGAUGUUGUUGAUCCUGUUGAUUGCAUAGUACAAGAGAUUUUUGAGUUAAAUAAUGCAGAUGAGUUAGAGAAAUUAUCGCCUUCUGUUUUGCAAGCCCCUACACUGGAGUUGAAGCCAUUACCGGGCCAUUUGAAGUAUGUGUACUUGGGAGAGAAUGAGAAACUACCGGUAAUUGUGUCGAACAAGUUAACACCCAAUCAAGAAGAGAAACUGGUUCAAAUGUUGCGAAAGCAUAAGGAAGCGAUUGGCUGGACCAUAGCUGACAUUAAGGGGAUUAGUCCUUCCAUAUGCAUGCAUCGGAUUUUGCUUGAAGAAGGUACCAAGCCGACACGGGAAGCACAAUGCAGAUUAAAUACCUCAAUGAUGGAUGUGAAAUCUGGUGUUACAGUGGUGAAAAACCAAGACAAUGAGUUGGUCCCUACACGUAUUCAGACAGGCUGGCGCGUGUGCAUUGAUUACAGGAAGUUGAACUCAACAACUCGAAAAGAUCAUUUUCCACUUCCCUUUAUUGAUCAAAUGCUUGAAAGGUUAGCUGGUCAUGUUUAUUAUUGUUUUCUUGAUGGAUUUUCAGGGUAUAACCAGAUUGUCAUAGCACCGGAGGAUCAAGAGAAGAUGACAUUCACCUGUCUAUUUGGUACCUUCGCCUAUCGCUGAAUGCCAUUUGGUCUCUGCAAUGCUCUAGCCACAUUCCAGCGAUGUAUGGUAAGCAUUUUUUCAGAAUAUGUUGAAUCAAUUAUAGAGGUGUUUAUGGAUGAUUUUAGUGUUUUUGGUGAUUCAUUUGAUCAAUGCUUGCAUAACCUUACACUAAUUCUAGACAGAUGCAUGGAAACUAACCUUGUACUUAACUAGGAAAAAUGUCAUUUUAUGGUAGAGCAAGGUAUAGUUUUAGGGCAUAUUGUUUCAUCCAAGGGAAUAGAGGUUGAUAAGUCUAAGAUAGAUUUGGUUACAGCUUUACCUUACCCCACCAGUGUGCGGGAAGUUCGAUCUUUUCUUGGCCAUGCAGGUUUCUAUCGGAGAUUUAUCAAGGACUUUUCAAAAAUCGCAUUGCCCCUAUGCAGAUUGUCAAAAGAUGUGGAUUUUCAGUUUGAUGAGAAGUGCAAGGAGGCAUUUGACAAGUUGAAGACAUUGUUGACGACAGCACCAGUGAUACAACCACCUAAUUGGGAUCUACCUUUCGAAAUUAUGUGUGAUGCGAGCAACUACGCAUUAGGUGUUGUCUUGGGUCAAAGAAUUGGCAGAGCAUGUCACGCCAUUUAUUAUGCAUCUAGGACCUUGAAUGGCACCCAGCUCAAUUAUUCUACGACUGAAAAAGAACUUUUAUCUAUUGUUUUUGCUUUAGAAAAAUUUCGGUCAUAUUUGUUGGGUGCAAAAUCAGUCUUUUCUGAUCACGCAGCUCUUAGGUACUUGCUCACAAAGAAGGAGGCAAAACCAAGGCUAAUUAGAUGGAUUCUUCUACUCCAGGAAUUUGAUUUGCAGAUUAAAGAUAAAAAGGGAACAGAGAAUGUUGUAGCAGAUUACCUUAGCCGUUUGGUUCGUGACAGCGAUGAGCUUCCUUUGCGAGAAACAUUUCUGGAUGAGCAAUUGUUUUCCAUUGAAAUGGCGUCACCAUGGUAUGCGGAUAUUGUCAAUUUUUUAGUUACUAACGUGUUGCCAAAUGAUUUGACUAGAGCUCAAAAGGACAAGAUCAAGAGUGAUGCUAAGUAUUAUGCUUGGGACGAUCCAUAUCUGUGGAAGCAUUGUGUUGACCAAGUGAUACGAAGGUGCGUAUCUGAACAUGAAUUUAUUCCUAUUUUAACCUUUUGUCAUACCUAUGCAUGUGGAGGACAUUUUGGACCACAGAAGACAGCUCGUAAGUUCUUGAUGGGGCUCAAUGACACUUACUCUAUGGUAAGAAGCCAAAUAUUAUUGAUGUCACCAUUGCCUUCAGUGAAGCAAACUUACUCGGUUGUUAACCAAGAUGAAAGCCAAAGGAUUUUAACAGGGGCCAACAAUGUUGGUCCAGAUGUGACUACUGCCUUAUAUGCUCAGAACACGCAGAAGGCGCAAAAUCAUAAUCCAAAAUAUAAAGGCAAGAAGCCUUACAUAGAAUGUGACUUUUGUCAUUUGCCAGGGCAUAAACAUGAUACUUGUUACAAAGUCCAUGGGUAUCCAACAUUUAACGAAGGGAAAAUGAAUGAAUCCAAGAACAAAUCAUUAGCAAAUCAGGUGCAAUCUGCUGUUCAAGGAACUCUUGUUUCGAAUACUCCUACAGAUUCAUCAAAAGGAUCUUUUGGAACCAUUCUCUCAGCUAAAAAAUACUCUCAACUUCUCCAGUUACUUGGCAAAGAAAAUAUGCCAGCCUUAGCAAACAUAGCAGGUAAUACAACUUCACUUUUGUCCUGCUUAAAUGAAACUGAUAGUUAG